AUUACAAGCGUGAGCCACCGCGCUCGGCUGUCACUGCAGACUUUGAUGGGGGCUACACUCGGGGUAUAAAUUAGGAUCCUCACUGAAAGGGCGCGACCAUGGAGGCUUUUUCUUGGCCCCUUAGUUGUGGGUUUUCCUCUGGACGGCGGAGCCAGUUUCCAUCAGAACAGCCCAGAGGCGGGCGCUGCCUUCCUGGGGUGACGCAGCAGCAAGAAGAGUUUUCGGAUCCUGGAAUCCGUGGGCGGCCCGUGGGAGGGGCUGAGGCUCAUUUCCCUAGUCACCUGGCUCCGAAUCCGCCGCGGUGUUUCAAGCGAGUCAGAUUACAGAUCGCGCCCCAGGCUGGACUCGGAAUUCCUGCCCCGCGGGUCUGCAUUUUCACAGCGGCAGGUGUGAGUUUCCCGCUGCUGGAGACCAGAAGCCUGAAGGCAGCUCCGCCCACCCUAGCCCACAGCGCCGUUUCUAUAUAUUCCGUUUCCAUAUUCUAUAUAUUCCGUUUCUAUAUCAGUAAACACUUGUCAUUUUCCGUAGACCAGGGCGGGGUGACGGGUGAUCCCAGUCCUCUCAGUGAACUCUGGGGCGCAGAAUUCAAAACGCUUGCGGGCGCCGAGCGCAGCCCCGCCCUGGGUUAUGUAAGCGACAGCGCUGGGCCGUUUCUCUUUCUUUUCCGGACCCCGCAGUGGCGCCUGAAGUCUGCAAGGAGGAAGUCGCCUCUGUGCUUGCCUCCCUCCCCAGGGCUUGUGGUCCCUGACAAGGAGGACCCUGAGGGCAACCACACCUUGCCAUGCAGAGCACCUGGCUUCUCAUCUGCCAACCUCACUCUGACCCGGCUGCAGGAGGGGAAGGAGCCAACCCUGGACUCAAGACUCAAGGGGACCAGAACCAGGGAGAUGAGACAUACCAGGGCUGGGCAGCUGUGGGAGUCCUUCCAGAGAGAAGCUGAGAUACGCCUACCUGGAGAGGCCCCUGGGCCUGGAGGGGCUCCUCAGUGUGACUGGGUGAAGUGUUUUCAGAGGACCAGGGUUGAGGUUGGGGGCAUCUCAUCCAGACCCUGCCGGCAUCUGCCCCGAACCCAAGGGCCCCUCCUUCCUCCCUCCUCAAUGGAAAUGCUGGGGAUGUCCUCAGUCACCCUCUGAGCACUCACACAUCACCCCUUAUUUGGAAAUUUUUCUCACUCUAACCUUCCUUCCUGCUGCACCUUCUGCCCCAUCCCCAGGCUCUGGCCUCUCUCUCUCUUCUUCCACCCUUUAGCAGGUGAUGACUCACUUCCCACUGAGGAGGCAGCUCUAGGUGAGAGUCUGGGCUCUCGGUGAGCUUGGGAGAAGGAAAAGGCUUAUGGGCCAGGGCAUGGGAAGGAGAAUGGGCACAGCCAGAGCAGAAUGGAAAGGUUGGGGGAGGUGAUAAAGACAGAUGUUUCCGUAUUACCAUUUUUCUUUCAUUGUCCAAGGGAGCUGCCCUUCUCCCAAGCCCAGGAAAGUGAAAAGAGAAGCAGGAACAGUGAAAUACUCCACAGGAAAGAAAAAUCUUAGUGAUCCCUCCUGCUGUCUCUUUCCUUUUGCCUAUUCUGGCAAAUUUUGUAAGUGAAAUUUGUUACCAAGAUGUGAACAUCUUAUUAUAAGAAAGUCUCUAAAUAUUUGAGAAUAAAAUUAUCAAUGUCUCAGCUCUGCAGGCUGAACAAACGGAGGCUUUACAAAAUAAAAUCAUGCUUGGAAAACUUACUUCUCCUCUGAGGGAUGUCAAAGGCUGCACUGAAUAAGCUCUAAGGUGGUGCUGAAAUGAGUCAUUUAUUUGCCUUUGUAAGCUCAGGCAGGUGUUGGAAUUGAGGAAGUAUAGGUAAUGAAAAAAGUAACCAUGUCCUCGGGACAUAGCGACUGGUGAUGACCACCCAAUCAACACAAUAAAUUCUAGCAUUCACAUUGUAGUCCGGCUCAUUCAAGCAAAGCUAUCUCCAAUAGGGAGUUUACCCUGUACAGAACAUGUGCAUUUCCACCUGUUCUCAGAUUGACCCUUUGCUCAUCACAAUAGUGAAAAAAAAUACAGCCCUGGGUGGAGAUUUAAGAUGCUAAUGAGUCAUGAGAUGUAUGAACAAGCAUGUACAGCUACUGCACACGUGCACCCAGAAGACCACCCAGAACAUGCUUGCUAGUAACACCUCUUCCCACCCACCUCCUGUGAAUAAUCAUGUAAGACUCCCAUAAAGGGAGUUUCUCCAGCAAUAAUCAAUGCUGUCUCAUUCUUAGGAGCAGCCCACCCUGAAUCCUCUCUCAGGGUGUACAGUUUAUUUUGCACUUAACUUUCAAAAUAAUAUUUUUCCUUUGUAAUAAAUUGCUUUGUACUUCA